CCCCUCUAUUCCCCUCACUUCGCCCGGACGCUGCGGCAUUGUACUUGCGCAGAACGCGCUUUCCUGCACCGCGCCCUUUCCCGGGCCCAUCGUAGCACUGCGGCACUGCGUCAGUGCGCCGCCCACCUGCAUCUAGUUAAGACGCGUCAUCGUAUUCCGAACGGAACCGGUUCCCUUUGUCAUCUUAAGGACUGAUUAAAACAGCCUAUCAGUGCGGUCGCAGAAUUAGUUCGGGUGAUUCGGUCUGCAUUAUCUAUCCUCGUGUGUUAGUGAAGUUAGAAGCAGCAUGAAUGCUGUGCGGCAGUAUCUGGUAUGAGGUUGUAAGGGACAAGCAGUUCGUGGAAUUAGUUCGGAUAGUGAAUCAGUCAACGUUAUCUAUCUGUGAAUCUCAGAUUCGCACCACCUUGAAAAGAAAAGCGUUUGAAGACGCAGGUAUACCGAUGCGUGAGGUAAGCAGGGUUGCGACCAACAAUACGGAGCAGGCACCUCAGCCGGCGCCCGCGCCACUGAGCGUGAUCAACAGACAGACAGUUUUUAGCCAGAACGCAGAGGUUACCUUAAAUAUGCUUAACGCUUCGGAGAUAGAUGAUGUCGACGGGCUCAGCGGUGGCGUGAAGCUCGAGUUCGAUCCCGACGAAGAUGCGGCCACCUGAAGUGUUAUAGCGGAAUUUUAUUUUGUUAGAUGUUGUCCGAAAAACAGACAAACUGUUCCCUCGCGGUGGAUUCGACACCCUUCUAACUGAACGGUCACUUCGAGCCCAGCUCCACUCGAUCUGUCCUGUCCUCUCUCUAACUUCAACAUCGGAAUGAUGUCACUUCCUAACAUGCUCCAGCCCUAUCUUUCAUGGCUGUGGCAUAUUUGUUUCGAAUUGUUUCUCUUUUUAGAAGUCCCUCUUUAGGGCUCCAUCUUGAUUCUUCGUUCGGCCUUCUAUUUCUUCCUCCUAUUCCGUUCAGUUCAGUUGCGUACUUCCAUUGCAAUGUUUUACAGCUGUUGCUUAAAUGUGAUUAUUUCUAGUACUUUUACCAACUCGGUCUAGUGUAGCGGUAUUCGGAGUAACAGAGCUGGAUAGUCCUCGGGGCACAAUCCUACCUCGCUUUCUUUGGUUGGGUUGCGCGCGAUGAUAGAUGGAGUUUUCGUCGGUAUAGUUAAAUAUUUUAGUAAAAUUUUCUAAGUGCCUUGGGGCGGUUGGUUAAGCGUUAUCCGAUGCCGGUUGCCUAUUCCUGGGCACUGGUUUUUGGCUCAUUAACAUCAGCCUUAAAUCGAUGCCUCCGAACAGUAUGUCUGUUUCUUAAAUUAUUAUUUGAGGUCUGUGAUUUAUGUUAUUUAAUUAAGGUUUGAUGUACCCACUGGUAAUUGGCAACACUGCUUUAUACUUGAUACCUGUAACACCUUUCCGGCUUAUAACAUCUUGUUUGCAUUAUAUUUGACGGAGGUGUUAUGUAAGCAAGACGUAGAUAGGGCGGAGUCAAUGUCAUGUAUUUGACCGUUUGUUUCAUAUUGUGUCAGUAGGAGCGUGUUGGAUGUGAUUAGAAUUCUGUUAGUUACUUCAUUACUAGAUGUGUGUCUUGUGGUAGUAUUAGGUUCACAAAGAUUCCGCACUAACUUGCGUACCGACAUGAGGUAGUGCGGAAUCUUAACCUAGUAGGUACUAGGUUAAGUUAUUUUGGUUUGUUUCAUGUAUUUCGUUCCAAAAACUAGUGGGCUAGUAAUUGGGCUUCGGGAUUCCUUUACAAUUCCGUUAAAAUAUCAUCAAAUUAAUACAAAGUUAAUAUCGUGCCCAAGUAAACAGUUCUUUAGUAACACAUUCAGGCUACUUUCUUAAUACACCAUUCUGUCUUUUGUUGAGCGACUGCGCGCCAUCUUUAUUUAAUGUUUUAGGAACUUAAUUAGCGUCGUUACAAUUAUGAUUAUUUAAAAUAAAAAACUAUUACAAUUAAUUUUUUCAUUUGUCUUUUAAAUGUCAGAAAGUAUUAAACAAUAUAAUUUUCAAAAUUGAAAUGUCGGGGCUUCGUGCGUGUUACGUGUCUAUCUGAGGCAUUAGUACGAG